AUGGCCGCAACAGCAACGAACAAGAUCAACACCAUGAUCUUACGCUUCUUUCUCAUGACAACAACCUUCACGAUUCUCUUGAGUUGUUGCUCCGCGACGGUCUACAAAGUCGGAGACGCCGACGGAUGGACGGCGAAGGACGACGUCUACUACAGCUGGGCUGAAGGUAAAGAAUUCCACGUCGGAGAUUCUUUGGUCUUCGAAUACGAUCGCAGCUCAAACGACGUCACACAAGUCUCUGGCGCUUUGGAGUACCAGUUCUGCGACUCUUCUUCUCCUAAAGCCGUCUACAUCACAGGACAUGACACCGUAACCCUCACGGAACCAGGGUUUUAUUACUUCAUCAGCUCGAACCAUGUUCAGUGCGAAUCGGGACAGAGACUCGACAUUCUUGUCGUCCACGAUCCGUCGCGUCCCAUUCCUCCACCACCACCGAGCAAGACUCUUCCGUUUGGAAAAACAUACAAGGUCGGCGGUGACGACCUUAAAGGAUGGAGUGUUCCCGAAGAAAGUGACUUCUAUUACAAGUGGAGCGAGGAGAAACAGUUUCUUGUCGGAGACAAACUUCUUUUCGAAUACAGCGAGGAAGCCAACGACGACGUCUUAGAGAUCAGCGGUGAUCUUGAAUUCAAAUACUGCGACCCGACUUCUCCUGUAUCCGUGCACAAGACUGGCCACGAUCUCGUCACGCUCACCAAACCAGGAGUCCACUAUUUCAUUAGCUCCAAGACCGGUCACUGUGAGGCUGGGCUUAAGCUUCGCGUUGUGGUCGGAUCAAGACCCAAUGUUCCGAAGCUGUCACCUUUGGACCGCCUCGCAAGGUGGCUACGCGCUUUCAGACCCCAUCAUCAUCACUGA